GCAAGAGAAGGCUAAGGCUUCACCAGCUACCAUCUGCUACUGCUCCAGAGAUCUGCUCAUUAGGCAAAGGAAAAUGAAUAACAAAAAUAAGACCCCACAGCAGAAGCCAAACAUUGUGGAGAACACUAAUAAUGCCAAGAAGACAAGAACAGAUGUCCAAGAUAACAAAAAUGUAGCAGAUCCAAAAGAUAAGAGGCCUGUGACAGAUCCAAAAGACAAGAAGCCUGUGACAGAUCAACAAGCCAAGACACCAUUUACAGAUCCAAAAAACAAGAAGCCUGUGACAGAUCCAAAAGCCAAGACGCCCGUGACAGAUCCAAAGUCCAAGACACCCGUGAUGGAUUCAAAAGCCAAGACACCCGUGACAGACCCAAAGGCCAAGACACCUGUGACAGACCCAAAAGCCAAGAUACCCGUGGCAGACCCGAAGGACAAGACGCCCGUGACAGACCCUCAGGCCAAGACAGCAGCGGCAGACCCUCAGGCCAAGACACCCGUGACAGACCCUCAGGCCAAGACACCAGCGACAGACCCUCAGGCCAAGACACCAGCGACAGACCCUCAGGCCAAGACACCCGUGACAGAUCCAAAAGACAAGCCUAGGGCAAGUGUAACAGAUCCAGAAGACAAGAAGCUUGUUUCAAUUAUAAAAGAUCCAAAACACAAGAAGCAUCUGACCAAAAGAAGAACAAAAAAGAGCGUGACAUUUUCGCCUGAUACAAAAGAAGGUCCAGCUGUGAGAGAUACAAAGGAAAAGGGUAUUGUAAUCACAGUGCCAGAGGAAAAGGAUAUUGUGACUACAGUACCAAAGCUAACAGCAAAGAAAUCCACGACUAUCACAACGAUCAUGCCAUUUAGGAUGGACACACCAGAUGUGAGCCCUGUGCCCGAUGCGAAAGACCAGGUUGUGGCCGCACCUGAAAAAGACACAGAAGACACCAGUAGUGUGCCAUCUGAAACAGAAAUAAGACAAGUGAUUUUUUGGCCACGUGCAGAACCAAGAGAGAUUACCAUAGAGCUAAGAGGCAAGAUUUUUGUGUUCGAUUCAAGAAACACGAUACUUCUCAAACAUCUGAGAGAGGAAAAAGCCAAGGCCGAGGCUGAGGAAAAAGAAAAGAAUGCCAAAGAAGAGGCGAAAAGGAAGGCUACACCACCCGUGACUGUGGUAGAACCAAAAGAUAGUGUGGCUCAGUUAGCUGAGACUGUAGUUGAAAACGCUGUCACUACUGCUGUUCAGAUUGUGGAAGAGCUUAAAAACCCCAUCAAGAAAUUCAGGUGGAUCACUCAUGGGGAUUUCACAGUAGAAAAGUGCCGUAAACAAAUUGAAGAUUUUUUUUUGUGUUUUGGAUAUAAAAAACGCUGGGUGCACUCCGCACAUCUUAUGGAGAGAAGAGACGUAUCUCACUCCUUCUACUACAUCUAUCUUGUGUCCUGGAGUGGUGCCACUGCUGUGAGACCCCUGUCACGAGUCAGUGCUAAUGCCUAUGUCACUGUCAAGUUCAACAAACGCAAACCUCCGGCUAUGCCAGUUAAAGUCUUUUGUGUCUUUGAGACUUCAGACAUCCUUCAAAGACCAGAAAAUCUUGCCUUUCAAGACCAAUGGGUGAAGGAAACUACUGGAACCAAAAAUAUUUUGUUGGACUCCAUCCCUGUUAAACCUGUGUCAUUCUUGCGUGACUUUGACAAUGAUUAA